CUUGACGUCAUUGGAAGUUAUCGCAUAACACACUACCUUGGUGUUUAUAAACAACAAAAAUAAUGCACAAUUACUUUAUGCAAUUCAAUUUACCCCCUACCUAUUUUAUUUUCCUCCAUAUUUUUUAUUUUUUAAAGACAGCCUAGUAACCAACGACUUUUAGAGGCCAAAAUAUGAAAUAUUCGGCCGCAAAAAGCUGCAUCCUUGUAAUUUGAUUGGAAAACAGUACAUCAAAAGUUUAGUUUAGAAAAGGAAGAAACUUGUUGUUUGAAAUUGUUAUAUUUAGAAUUUCGAAUACUCAAAUAGACGGUUGCGCCCCCUAAUAGUGAGGAUAGUGUUUGGAUGCAUGCACGGGUGCGCGCGCACAUUGGCCAUGCACGCUUGCACACACCGUCCACGCGAUCGGGGGCCGGUUUCUGAAAGGCCGAUUAACUUAACCAUAGAUCAGCGCAUAAUCCCGGGUUAAAAUUCGCUAAUCGUAGGUUAGCUAACCUACGGAUAACUCACCGUUCCCGAAAGCCAAGUAAUCCCCCGAUUUACUAACCCUGGAUUAAGCGAGUGAAAAACUGGUUUGACGAGUAAAAUUCACACAGGAUACCCACAGUAGAUCAACAGAGAGCAACUCAAAUAUUUACCUUUAGUGAUUUAAUUUUUGCAGGGAAGCCCCACAACCCCUCUACAUCGCCUGGAAUUACCUCCAUUUCAUUGCCAAAAAUGUCAUUUGCAGGAUUCGAGUUUGUUGCGUGACACUAGCGAGACAGAUUUAUUUCAAUUAUAAAUUUCAUGUAACUUUCUUUCUGUUCCAGCACAAUUUUCGUGUCAGCGUCGCAACGAAGGUCUCAUAACAAAGUGAAAUGUGAUCCCUACAUUGUUUUUGUGUAACGUCUUUUUUGUCGGCAACUUCAUUUUAGGAAACUUUAGUUCUACUACAAAGUUUGUGACGCCAACUAAACCGUAGGUUAGCGAGUUAACCACCUCGCGAGCAGGGUUAGAUUUUACCUCCAAACUAACCCAGAGUUAAUGCUAAUCGGCGUUUCGGGAACAGAACUUUAUCCGGGGGUAAAAAUUAAAUCGUGGGAUAGGGCAAAAUUAACCCUGGGUUAGCGGUAAUCGGCUUUUCACGAACCGGCCCCGGGCUUUUGUUGAGGUUCUCUGCAUGAUAAAACCGAUGUGCAUUUAUAAUCCGGAUUUAGAGCCUGAGUGGAUGUUCAGGUGACGUAAUAUAGGGGUAGUUUAGUGAACAGACAACCCCAACCCAGUUGUCCGCUUGGCUUCUGAUUUGUAAGCAUGAAAAAGUUCACCAUUUAUCCAAAACUCAAAAAGUUCCAGUUUUCUGUUUGUUUCAAAAAGUACAUUAUAUAUAAUCUUUUCAUAUGAUUCCUGUUAUAUCUAACUUGGCGUAUUAUAUAAUGCAAUUUGACAAAAAGUGUUCGACUGUUUGCACACCUUGGCAAACAUAAAAUGACAAACGUUUCCUAAACCGGCCACCGUUCAAUAAAGAAAACGUAACUAGGUACAAGGAAUGUAACUAUUUUCGCCCGAUCCACUUAAAAGAGAGUGCAUUGCCAAUUUUACCAUAUUAUUCCUGUGCGCUUCUAAAACGAAAUAUGCUUGGUUUGUGUAUUUGUUUUAUAUUAAGCUCACUAGCUGAAGUGGCGAGCGCAGAUUACUUAUCCUCUGGCGUUAGCAGUUUCAAAUCCGAAUAUCUCAUUUCGAGUAUUUCAUCAACACAUUAUCGACUAGAUCAACUUCAAUGCACUCUUGCUUGCCUUAGAGAAGCUAGCUGUAACGCCGCCAUUUUUCAUGAGAGCAGUGACAUCUGCUACCUCGGAUUUCUGGAUGAUGGCACGAAGAACAUGCUUAGGAAAGGAAAUGGGAGAUUUCUCUACAUGGUUAUGCUUAGCAAGUCCAUCAGCCAAGUCUAUUAUGAAGUAAUAAAGAACAAAGUCUAUGAAAGCUGCAAGGACCUGAAACGGCAAUACCCUAAUGCUCCGAGUGGGAUCUAUCGCAUAGCCCCGGGGAAGAACGCUCCUUUCCAGGCUUACUGUGAUCAAGCUACAGCAGGCGGGGGCUGGACCCUAGUUUGGAGCUACACAUUCACAAACUACCUUAAUUUUGAAGACAAAAGUAACGCAGUAACUCCACUCCCAGACUGGCGGGCUUCCUGUGGAGCAAGGGUCUCGACUCGAGCCCCUCUCAACGAGACACAGUACGAUGCCAUUCGCUUUCAAAUAUGGCAAGACAUCGGAAAGGAAUUUUUGGUCAAAUCAAACAUCAAUAACUGGUACCGCUGUAAGCCUUCUGAUGGCAGUCUUGUUCUCUGGAUAGAAGGGAAAAUCAUCUGCAAAAAGGUCAAGACGGUGGCGGCGGGGUGCAUUAGUGUCCCUUCCAUCCUGAAGAUUAUGGGUUGCGGUCCAGCCCUUUUAAAACUUCCUCGGAGGCCUGGUUCGUGCAAGCAUCCGAUUUUUUUUCAUUUCGAAGGCAGCGUGUCACGUGACUGGCCCAUCCACAACCCAUGUCCAAACUGCAGGCAAAGCCAUCUCUCCGGUGUGAACAAUCCCCAUGGCAACCUGUACAUUCGAUAGGUUAUGACGCGGACCAAUCACAAUGGGAACUUGUACAUUUGAUGGGGAAAAGCCUCAAUUACUUCUUAAAUCGAUAUAAAAAACGGCCAUAUGAGCACCUGUAUAAGUGCCAAUGGUCACGUGAUCUUGAGGGACUUUCUCGUAGAUUAGAUUUUAAAAUAUUGUAGAAAUAAAAAGCCAUCAGCUUAGACUUUUGAAGGAAAUGUAAUCUGUGUGUCUUUUGGAGUGGGAUGAAUAAAAAGUAGUCGUAUCAA